UUAGAGUUAUGUGAUUAUUAUGAGAUAUAUGCAAGAAACUAAUCUUGAUGAUAUAUAUUUAAUCUGAUUCUUUGCAGGUUAGUCAAACUUUUGCUGAUAUGAAGUUUAAACAUGGAUUUGUUCAUUGUGAUCCACAUGCUGCAAAUUUAUUAGUUCGGCUAUUACCUUCCGGAGAAAGGAGCAUUUUUUGCAAGAAAGGCAAGAAAAAACCACAGUUGAUACUUCUAGACCAUGGUCUUUAUAAAGAACUUGAUUUCUUCACCAAAUACAGCUAUGCUUCUCUUUGGAGGGCAUUGGGGUCUGCUAAUUCUAGUGAAAUAAAGGUAAAUAGUAUGAAAUUGGGUGCUGGGGAGGAUCUGUAUGAGCUAUUUGCAGGCAUUUUAACCAUGAGGCCCUGGAAUAGUGUCAUUGACCCUGCUAUUGAUCAUUUGGUCAUAAAAGGCACUGACUGUGAUCGUUCAGAAUUACAGGUUGGAAUGUUGGAAUGUAUGCAUCUCAAUGGUUCCCCCAAAUAUCAAAGCCUCUUGGGAGAAUAUAACAGCAAACUGGUUGAUAAUCUGGAUGCUAUGUUCGUUGAAGAUUCUCUAUUGCCCAGAACUGUAGAAAGCACCAAAUGAAUUCUUAUCUAAAGGUCAAAGUUGUAGCAAAUAGGACCCCUGGUUUCAUUAAGGAAUUUAUUCCAUUUUUGAAGAAAAAUAAUAUAGUACUGACAAAGAACUAAUAUCUCAAUAUUGAGAGAUGUUUGUAUAUUGUUCAUUUAGUGUAAGUGU